AUGAAUGGCAACCUUCCCCCUCCCGCAAAGUCAACGUCGGGUCCCCAAACCCGAGACACAGGCACACAAAUCUGGAGAGUCUUUGUGAUUCUCCUCCCCAACCGCCACUUGCAAAUAGUCAUCAAUAACAUACACCCCGGCGACCCUCCCCUUAACCACUACGCCGACUUCCAGAGCAUAGACGAGAUGCGAGCCGGUACUUCAUUCCACGCCACUAGGCACAAUAUAAACAUUCAUUUGCACAGAAUUCAGUUAUUUGUUUAUCCUGAUGGGACUGAUUUCGAUGUCGUUGUGGAGAACCCGCAUGGUCUCGCGCUAUGGAUCGUUGUCUAG